AUGGCCAACAAAGAUAGUUCAGUUUUCGACGCGAGUCCGAUAACGAGAAUGCAAAACUUAGAAGGAACCCAACAUAUCAAGACGGUAGUAAGAAAAAAAAGGGUGAUGCCAGAGGACCAGGGAGAAAAGGGAGUAACGAGUCAAAAAGAGCUAAUAGCUGAAGAAUUGGAGAUAGAGGUGUUCAAAUUUUUCAAAAGCUUCAGAGCUAUGAGAAAGCAAAAGGCGGAAAAGGACAGGCUAAAAACCUUGAAGGAAAAGGAGUGGGAUCUAGUUUCUAUUCACACUUGCCAAACGGAGGAUUCAGAGAAAACUGGAAUAAAAACCAAGAAGUCUAAAAUCAUGGAAGCAUGGCAGUAUAGUCAAGCUUUCAAAAACAUAAAGUUUCGCUCGCCUUUCACAAACGUUAUAAAUGAAACACUUAUCCCGAAAGGAUUAAAAGGCCCAAAAGUGUUGUCAUACGAUAGGACGGGGGAUCAUGAUGAUCAUGUUUCGAACUUCCAAUGGGCCAUAAAAAUCAUACCGUUGGAUCCAAAACUAUGGAGUCUAUAA